GGUUGUUCCCGGCGCUCCGCUCCCGCGCUCCUGGAAUCCAGGCCGGCUUUUGCGAGCUGCACCCGCGGAGUUGGAGAAAUGGACAAAAUUCAAUAAUACGGAAAAAAAAAUCCCAACCAAGUUCAACGCGCAUGCUCCAAAAAAAACCCAACCAUCCUAACACACACAUCGAAAAGUCACCGAAAGCUGCCCAACUGCAGAUGGAGAAAUAUUUAUCUGUUUGUAAUCUGUCGUGGAUGUAACAUGGACACCAACAUUGGUUAGUGCAGAGCGACCACCAAUAAUUUAAGACCUUUAUGAGGCCUGGUUAGAACUGGUGAAGACCAGGAGGGGAAGGCUCGAGAGAAGCUGCUGUUACUAGAUGUACCAAUCUGGCUGGAUUGCCCACAGUGUGUGAUCUGAUUGAAGUCGACCGCUCGCUUCACACUUCCCCUGGCCCAUGUGGAAUGAAAUAAAUCACAAACUCAGCUCAUUUUGGAAGUCAGUAGUGAGCAGUUGAAUGAAAUUUAUGCACUGAAGAGACCUCAGGAAAUUUCAAGAUGGCUGCCAAGAGAAAAGGUGGCCUGAAGCUUAACGCUAUCUGUGCCAAGCUGAGUCGGCAGGUUGUCUACGACUACGGGGCAGAGCAGGCCGAGCCAGACCAUAAACUUCAAGAGAACGACAGUGCUGACGGGCUGCGCCAUGGCGACCAGGAAGGGGACGCUGACUAUCCCGACGGACUCCAGGACAUCCAGAAGCUGGAGGAGGACAAGAAAAGGCGGGAAGCGAUAGAAAAAUGGGUGAAUGGGGAAUACACGGAUGAACACGGGGACCGUGGUGAAGAAAGGGUAAUAAAGGCUGGUGACGGGGAGUACGUCCCCCCUGAAGGGGUGUACAUGGUGCAGCCCAAAGGUUGUAGUGAUGAGGAGGACAAUGAUGGAGCUCAAGGAUCACUCGAUGGCAGUUGCAUGGAUGACAGAGAUUCAGAGGAAGUGGGACCGAAAGAAGAAGGCUACAAUUCUUCCAGUGAGGCCAGUAUGAGACAAGCAAGUAUUACUUCUUCAGCAACGACCAUGAAUGAAUUUCUGGGGAUGUUUGGUUACGAUGACCAGAACGUCAGGGAUGAGCUGGCGAAGAAGAUCAGCUUUGACAAGCUGAACGUCACUACCUCAGAGACCUACCCGACGGCCUCCCUGGGCAAGGACAGCCUGGUGAAGCGGGUCCGUAUCUCCAAGUACGAGGAGUGCAUUCGAAAGCUCAAGGCCGGGGAGCACCUGCCGCGGGUGCUGCCGGCCCCCAAAGCCGAGGAUUCGGGCUCCCGGCCGUCCCUGGGGAAAGACGCCCUUCCGCCGAGCAGCCAGUUCCCCGGGCAGGAAGCGGCGCUCCGGCGCGAGGCGAAACCGGCAGGCCCCCCCGUCCCCUGCGGCUCCUCGGCCCAGACGCAGGGCCUCAUCUCGCGGGCUUCCAAGUACGACUACUUCAUCCAGAAGCUGAAGACAGGCGAGAGCAUCCGUCCCCAGAACGGCAACACCUACAAGCGGCCGUCGAAGUACAACCUGGAAAAUGUGAAGUACCUGCACCUCUUCAAGCCGGGCGAGGGUGACCCUGACAUGGGAGGCGCCAUUGCUUUCAAAACUGGAAAGGUGGGUCGCCCCUCCAAAUACGACAUCAAGAACAUCCAGAAGCUGGCCAUGGUGAAAGCCCCGACAAACACCACUGCCACCCCACUCCCCAGUACCCCGUGCACCACCCCGGUGAGCGCCGAAUCUCCCACCUCUGUCGGCUUUGGCAGCGCCGAGCUCCUGAAGUCCAGUUUCUCCAAGACUGACUCCAUUACAACUGGAACCGUGUCAACAGUCAACCGCCUCCCCAAAGCUGAACCUUUAUUGGAUGACUCUGUUGGAAGGUUGCCCAGUUCGAACGUGUGUACAGUUAACCGGAAUGGAUUAUCAUCAGAGAAGUCAGGGGCUGUUACUGAUGAUGCAAACAUCUACCAAAAGUAUAUCGCCAGUAAUCUACCUGCUGAUGGCCUACACCCCAAAUCACCCCAUCUACUCAGAGAAUGCUGGUUUUCUGGCAGUCAGCAAUGUGGACACAUUCACUGCGCCUAUCAAUACAGAGAGCAUUACCAUUGUCUGGACCCUGAGUGCAACUAUCAGAGAUUUACCAGUAAACAGGAUGUGAUUCGACACUACAACAUGCACAAGAAGAGGGAUAACUCCCUGCAACAUGGUUUCAUGAGGUUCAGCCCCUUGGAUGACUGCAGUGUCUACUACCAUGGCUGCCACCUCAAUGGGAAGAGCACACACUAUCACUGCAUGCAGGUGGGUUGCACUAAGGUUUACACCAGUACUUCCGAUGUGAUGACCCAUGAAAACUUCCACAAGAAGAAUGCCCAGCUAAUCAAUGAUGGCUUUCAGCGAUUCCGUGCAACUGAGGAUUGUGGGACCCUUGGGUGUCAGUUCUACGGACAGAAAACCACACACUUCCACUGCAGGCGUCCCGGUUGCACUUUCACCUUCAAAAACAAGUGCGACAUCGAGAAGCACAAGAGCUACCACAUCAAGGAUGACGCCUACGCCAAGGACGGCUUCAAGAAGUUCUACAAGUACGAGGAGUGCAAGUACGAGGGCUGCGUCUACAGUAAGGCCACCAACCACUUCCACUGUAUCCGCGUGGGCUGUGGCUUCACCUUCACCUCCACCAGCCAGAUGACCUCGCACAAGCGUAAACACGAGCGGCGUCACAUCCGCAACGCAGGAGGCCUUGGGUUAGCUUCCCAGCUGCUGGGCCGGAAAGAGAAUGAGCAAGACGACUCCAGCAAUGAUGACCUCAUUGACUACUCCGCCAUUAGCAGCAAGAACUCAAGUCUGAGCGCCUCUCCGACCAGCCAGCAGUCUUCGGCGCCCAUGCUCCUUCCAACUCCCACCACCGAGAUCUCCUCGACCCAGGCUGUCAAGCCGACAAGCAGCGUCAUCCCGGCAACCAAGAUGUCAACCAUACUUCCCCAGACACUCGCCAGCUCCAUACCAGUCGCCUUGGCUCUCUCCAAUGCCGGCCUCUCUGGCACAGGCCCCUUCUUCCCCAUCAUUCCCAACAGGGUCUCUGUGGCUCUUCCGGUGACGGCAGCCAGCCUGAUUUCUACCAUUUCCUCCAACGUCUCUGCCCUGUCGACAGAAUCGCCUCCGCAAGCUGCUCCAGGGUCCGGCAACUCGACGCCUUUGUCCCCGGCAGCCACCUCGAUCAUGGAGAAGAUCACAGCCAGCAAGGGACUCAUCUCGCCAAUGAUGGCUCGCCUCGCAGCUGCUGCUCUCAAGCCGUCCAACCCAGCAGAUUUAGGAAGUGAGCAACAAACACAGACAAGCCAGUUCAAUCUGGUUCCAGUGAAGCAAGAGCCAAGCGACACUGUCAAGACCCAAUCCCAGGACUCAGUGCAGGACCAGAGCCUUGAUCUCAGCUUGAAGGAGCAUGGUACUGAGUCCAAUGGGCAUAUGGAAUCGGGACAGACAUCCCUGUUAUCCUCAUUUCUCAAUAAGAUGUCCCAAAGCAGCAGUGGACUGAGCAGCUUGCUGAACUUGAAGACAGAACCAGACUGUGGACAGUCCGAUACAGAACAGGCCUCCUACAUGAAUAAAGCUUUGACCCCACAGCGGCAGGAGAAACGAACUGAGUUCUGGGAAAAAUACCUCCGCAGAUUUACCACGGAAGAUUACUGUGAGACCCAGUGUGAUUUCCUGCACAAAACCCAUUUCCAUUGUGUGGUGGAAGAUUGUGGUGCCCUCUUCAGUACUUUGGAUGGAGCCAUCAAGCAUGCCAAUUUCCAUUUUCGGGCCGAUGGUGGGGUGGUGAAAGUGAAGUCGGAGCCCUCCCUCCCAACCCCGAUUCCCGUGGAGAUCCGAGCUCCCAGUGCCUCAACCUUUCCUUCCAUCGCCAUGGUCACUGCUGCUGCCAUGCAGGUCCCCGCAGCGAACCCUGCCAUUGUCACCUCCACCCCGACGCUGCUCGCCUGGAAACAGCUGGCGGCUUCCAUCCCACAGAUCCCCGUGUCCACGCUGGUGACAUCUUCCCUGGCGACCACAUCCCUGGAGAAUGCCAAGCCCCAGGUCAAACCAGGCUUCCUCCAGUUUCAAGAGAACGAUCCCUGUCUAGCGACUGAUUGUAAAUACGCCAACAAGUUCCACUUCCACUGUCUGUUUGGAAAUUGCAAGUAUGUCUGUAAAACAUCUGGGAAGGCUGAAUCCCAUUGUCUAGAUCACAUCAAUCCCAACAACAACCUCGUCAACGUGCGUGACCAGUUCUCCUAUUACUCUCUGCAGUGCCUCUGUCCGAACCAGCAAUGUGAGUUCCGGAUGAGGGGGCACUAUCAUUGUUUACGACCGUUCUGUAACUUUGUGACUAACAUCACCACGAAACUCCCCUGGCACAUCAAGAAACAUGAGAAGGCAGAGAGAAGAGCUGCCAACGGGUUCAAGUACUUCACCAAACGAGAAGAAUGUAGCAGACUAGGCUGUAAGUACAAUCAGGUAAACAGCCAUUUUCACUGCAUUCGCGAGGGCUGUCAUUUCUCCUUCCUGCUAAAGCACCAGAUGACAUCACAUUCCCGCAAACACAUGAGGAGAAUGCUGGGUAAAAACUUUGACAAGAUUUCCAAUCAGGGUCCCCAGAAUGAAGACACUAUGGGAAGCAUGGCCCCUGCCACCGGCUCCUCAGCCAUGAGCUCAACACCCAAUAUGCUGGACACAGAAACAGACGAGUACAUGGACUACCCAGCGGGUACAAGUCCCGCAGGCCUCUCUUCUGAGUCAUCAGUGCCAGACCGAAGCUGUACAAGUACACCCGUAGGAAAUGAAAGCAGUACAGCUGGGAACACGAUUUCACUUCCAACCGCUUCUGGUGCAAAGAAAAGGUUCUGGAUCAUCGAAGACAUGUCCCCCUUUGGAAAGCGACGAAAGACAGCCUCUUCCCGGAAGAUGCUGGACGAAGGAAUGAUGCUCGAGGGCUUCAAACGCUACGACCUCUACGAAGACUGCAAAGAUGCUUCUUGCCAGUUCUCACUGAAGGUCACCCACUACCACUGCACCCGGGAGAAUUGCGGUUAUAAGUUCUGCGGGCGUACCCACAUGUACAAGCACGCCCAGCACCACGACCGGGUGGACAACCUGGUUCUCGAUGACUUCAAGCGUUUUAAGUCCUCCCUGCGGUGCUACUUUGCGGACUGUCAGUUUUCUGGAAACAGCACUCACUUCCACUGUCUCCGCUGUGGCUUCCGCUGCACUGACAGCACCAAGGUGACUGCCCAUCGAAAGCACCACGGCAAGCAAGAUGUGAUCAGCGCUGCCGGGUUCUGCCAGUUCAGCUCGAGUGUGGACUGCGAGGUCCCUGACUGUAAAUACAAGCUGAAAUGCUCCCAUUUCCACUGCAUCUACCCUGACUGUAAACACACCGUGGUGGGGAUGUCUCAGAUGGACUCUCACAAGCGCAAGCACGAGAAACUGGAGCGUGGCGAGAUGACCUCCGUCUCACCCCCCCGGGAAGUCAUGCACAGCACAAGCGCCACGACGGAGUAUGAUUCCCAAGGAUCCUCCCUCAACCUGGACGGGUCCCUAAACCUCAGCACCAACGUGGAUGGUUCGCUGUUCUUCCUCAGAAACGCUGCUGGGAUCGGAUUGAACGAUUCAUUGGAUCUGAGCGCAAAGCCCCACGAGGCCAUCUCUGUCUCUGGGAUGGCUCAGGAGGAGGUCGCUGCAAUGUCUGGCGAUGCUGAAGACGAUAACGAUAUGACGCAGGAUGAAGAGCUGAAUGAAGACGAUGACGAUCUCAACACGGACUCUGACAGCACCCAUGGCACGAUGCCCGAGAACGUGGACAUAAGUGAAAAAGAUGACGCAACAGGGCUGUAGCUGUGGACAGCCGCCUCCUCCCCCCACCCCCUUUCCCAUAUAAAGAAUCUGUUCUCUAUAUACUUGUUUAAAUUAUCUGGGAUGACAAUUUUCCUUAAUAAAAAAAGUGUAGUAGAAUUAACCACAAAAACUCCACAGGCGCUAUCGUGUUUAAGGGGCCUGAGUGUAAGGUAGCCUUGGUGCUCCAGACAGACCCAGCUCUGCAAUAGAGAGUUUCUCAGCUUCCUCUAUCCACAGCGAUGCUUCCAGACCAGUUGAUGAUGACGGGACUGUGCCCUAAACAAAUACAAGAAUCACGAAUAUAGAUGAACAAAACGAUUGGCUUCAGAUGGUAUGCGAAGAGGAGAUAGCAGCAGUAGGAAGAGUUUGUUCCCUGAAAGAUGUUUACAACCCGACCAACAUAAUUAAACCCUUUUAAUAUGCAGGAAAAACUAAAAUCUAUAAUCCGACGUUUCUGGAGUUGGGACAUCAUGUAAUAUUUGGGUGUUACCUUUGCUACCGAAAACUCCUUGGUUGCGUGUGUGCAUGUCUGCUAGAUUUUAUUGUUUUCAUUUUUGGAAUUUUUAAAAAAACACCAGUAUAUGAUACGGAGAAUCCUAAGCAGUUUUGAGCUGUAGUGUACAUUAUGGUAUGGCAGAGUGUGCAAGCGAGAACUUACAAAGGCAGUUUUAAGUCGCCACUUUCUGUAGUCAGCCCCACUAUCACUUCUAGAACCAAACCGUGGGAGAUGAGAAGACUUUAAAGAUAAAGACGUGUAAAAUGGAUUUCCUAUUGGUAAAUCUCAAAGCGUUUUAGAUGAGUGCAGAUUGACAAAUGUUUAUCGUAUGAAGUUUCAUUUCUGCUCUUCCAUUAAUUUAUUUUGUUUUGAAGAUUUUACUCUUGUUUUCUCUCUCUCUCUCUCUCUCUCUCUCCCAAGAACUUUCUCACUCUGGAGUUGGGUCGUAUCAUCCCAAAAUCACUCGCUACUGCCAUCAGGCUUCUUCCAUUCCAUUCUUUUUUUGUUGCUCUUUAAGCUGUUCCACAAUGAUCUUUCUUUUACAAUUGUGAAGAAGCAACGUGGCUUCUAAAAAGUUUCUCCACUUCUCUUUUUGUUUUCUAGAUAGACUGAGAACAUUUCAAGUAAGAUUAUUUUUUUUAUAUUUAAAGCAGAAAUCAAUAUGGCUAUUUUGGAUACUUUGGGGCCCAACAUUGGUGACAUUGGUUGCAAAUCAUUUGCCAUCACAUUGAAUCUAACUCUUCACCCUUUUGAGGCUUAAAGCUGUGGUAUCUGUUUAAAGGUGUGCAUUUGAGUUUCUGCUUAACGAGUUUCUGAUCAAAGAUUGACUUUUCUCUCUGUGUUUAAGAUUAUUUUAAAAGCAGAGCCUUUGUAUCUUUAAAAUUGAAUAUAGUAUAUUACAAAUUGAUAGCAAUUACAGGAAACGAAUGACAAGUCAUAUUGUUGCGUAAUUCAUAUUUGCUCAUGGACUGCAGCGGCACCACCACCUUCUCAAGGGCAGUUAGGGAUGGGCAAUAAAUGCUGGCCCAGCCAGCGAGGCUCACAAUCCCGGGAACGAAUGAGAACAUUUUUUUCAAUGCAAAGCAAGGGAAAAGCGAGCUUGAUAGUCUUUUCUGUCUGCCAGUUUCACUGGAGAAAUGUAGUUACCCUGUUCCAUCCAAAUUAGCAACCAAGUUAAUGGGAUACCGUGUUCAAAGAUGUUUGGCUUACACUAGAUGCUUUUGUCCUGGAAUCAUACAACACAGGACAAGCCCAUUUAGUCUUUCGUGCCUGUCUUUGGCUAUCCAAUUAGUCCCCCUCCCCCCACCCUCUCCCUAAAGCCCCAGCAAUUUUUACCCUUGAAUUGAAGCCAGUCUGCGGAGGGUCAUAUCCAUGCGUCUACUCUCUUGCUUCUCCGAUGCAGAUGGGGAACCAGUCUCUGUAUUUUCUGGGGUUCACUUCCAAUCAGGAGCCUGAGAGACUGUAAAUAAGCGUGAACCGUUACCUGCAUUUUAUAUGACUAAAAGCAGCUCCCCGAUCUUGCUGUCACACUUGUGUGGGUGGGUCUACCACACUGACAGAAGAAAGAAGCUCGUUUCUAUAAUAGCAUUCAGCCGAUUCAGGAGAACAUCCUUGUCUGCAGUUGGCUGCUCCUAAAUUCUGUAACCAUACCUUUGAAAGUUCCUUGCUGCCCCUUCACCAGCCUCUUGAUUUCUCCGGAUGCUUGCUCUGCUAAUUGUAUAGAUUUGCAGUCCAGACACAGCACACACUUCAGCAGCAGAUUAAUGACACCUAUUUCCACCUUUACUGAAAGCUAAGGCAUUAAUUGCUCAGCUAAAGGGGUCAGUUUAACACCUCAUUAGUCACUAACUAGUGGAGUUUAGCCAGUGUAAAUGUCUAUAAAAUUCUGUUAUUGUAAAUAUACCAACUCCUUUCCAAAUAAAUUAGUUUUAGUGUUUAGUCCUAAGUAUAGGCUCUGGACAAGAUCAAUUCUAAACUUGCAAUGUCUUCAAUCUUUUCAAGUACAGCUACAAUUGGCCAUAUUGUUCAGAAACAAUGCAGCAUUGGGGAAGCAUUGUUUAUUCAGAGCAUCCUGAUGUACUUUGACUCAAUAAAUUUCAGUUUGGUAAAGUCACUUGGAGUAAAAAGGGGAUAUUGUAUAGAUUAGCACCCUAAACUUAAGGGAAUACUGCAGCCUUGAGCCUCAAAAGUGUAUCAAGUUAUUGGUGUUAACAAACUCCUGCAGUUAGGAAAGAAUUGUCUGGCCACUCAGUGCAAAGGCAUCAUGUCACUUGUACAGUUAACACAGUAGUCUGGUGUUAGUUACUAGAGAGGAGAGGGGCUAACCGCACACACUGCUCAGGAAACUGCAGACCCAGAGAUCCCCAAGUAUCUCGGCUCCUGCCCUUCCUUGUCUUAUUUCCCUUGGUUGAGGGAUCUAUAACCAGGGGGAACAGAUUUAUGUUAGGAAGUAAGAGGGAUUCAAGGGUAAAUGAUCUUACCCAGAGGGCAGUGGGGGCUGGAGCUCACUGCCUGAAAAAGUGGUAGAGGAGAAGCCCUUAUAACAUUUUAAAAAGUACUUGGACAUGCACUUGACGUGUCAUAGCUUGCACACAAUAGAUCAAGAGCCAGAAAGUUGAAGUAGGCUGGAUGGCUCCAUGUCAGCCAGUGUGGACAUGAUGGGCCAAAUGGUCUCCUUCCAUGCUGUACAUUUCCCUGAUCUACAAGCUGCCCUUCAACACCAUCCAAAGACGUUGGGACAGUUUCCACAUGGACACUAACAGCUCCCAGCCCUGCCUGUGUGAAGUCCAGCCACGGAUUAGCCACAAUUUUCUCCAGUUGAACACGGGCAAGACCAAAAGGAUAUGGGGAGCGAGCGGGAAGGCGGAGUUGAAGCCAAGGAUCAGCCAUGGGCCAAAUGGUCUACUCCUGCUCUUAUUCCUUAUGUUCUGGUCAAAGGCAUUUCCCCCAAUUGCAGACUCUGUUCUCUCAGCUCCAAGUCCAUCCUCUCUUGUGGCCAGUGUUGAAUGACACUGUUCAUGGCCUUGGGCCCUAUUCAAUCCCAAGCUGAACGUCUGACCCAAUCUCCAUUUCGCCCCCUGCCUCAGCCCAGCUGCUGCUGAGACACUUUCAUUGCCUUUGUCGUCUCUGGAUUCCAUUAUUCCAAUGCUGCCGAGGCCUGUCUCCAACCUUCCACAAACUUUAACUCAUGCAAAACCUUGAUGCCUGGAUUGUAACCUGCCUCGUGUCCCACUCACCAUUCAGCUUGACCACUGUUGACUCUCCAUCGCCUCCUGACAAGUGCUACUUAAAAUUCUGACCCCCCACCACCCCUCCCCACCAUCCCCAGCCCCCACCUAGUGUUUAAAUCACUUCCUCCCAAACAUUUUCCCGGAGUGAUCCCACUUUAAUGCCUCAGAUUUUGUGUGAUCCCAGAGUGAAAAUUUGGGCAGGAACGAGAGCUCUUGAGUGUGGGGGUGGCAGGGCUGGUGUAGGCUUUAGUUGUUGAGCAGGGGUGUGGAGGGACUGGAGUGUUAGGGGAGGUGAUGAAAAGGCAGGUUAAAAAAAGACACCUACCUAUUCACAGGCUUUUUUAUGCAGCAGUAACCGGGCCACAGAGAGCAGUCCAUGAAGCCACGCCCAGAAACAAACCAAAAAAAACAAAGGCAAGGAUUUGAAGGGACCUCAUAGCUGUCAGAAAUCAGUCUGAGCUCCGUAGCUGCAGCGGAACUCACAACCCAAAAUCUCAUCUCGCGACCCCACUGGGGAGUCAUGACCCACAGGUUUGGGAAGCCCUGCUUCAAAUCGCUUCAUGAACUUGGUAACCUCCACACCUGCAGCCCAUCCCAGGACACUCCAGUCCACUGACUCUGGCCUUGUGUGUAGUCCCCACCCCACCCCCCCCACCCCACCCUUCACUUUCAGCUUUGGUGGCUCUGCCUUCAGUCACCAAAGUACUGAACUCCCCCAAUUCCCAGCCAUCACCCUGGCACAUUGCCUAGCCCAAACGUCGAUGGCAAACUGGAGGAAGACGUCACACAGGAAUCCUGCAUAAAAGCAGAGUCGGCAAAGUAGAAAUUUUUUGAAAGGCAAGGUAGUCAAAACAGGCCAGUUACAAACUGGUCCAUUCAGGGUUGGAGAUGCAAUGUGAAGUAUUCUCGUGUUGGAACAGUCAAAUUUGAAUGGUCUUUGACUGAACCAUCACAGUGACUAAAUAUAUAACAUCACUGUGUGAAUCGUUAUAGAGAGUAAGUUUUUAAAUUGAGAGUAAAAGUUAAAAAAUCACCACAAAUAGCAAAAGUUGUGUUGGAGACUGUGACAUCAAUUGAGGAUGAUCAAGGUAAUAAGUGUUUUUCCUGCAAAACCUAUUUACAGAACAAUUGCAAUCGUGCACAGAAAUAAAAUAUUGCAGAUGUUGGAAAUCUGAAAUGAAAAUGGAACAUGCUGCAGAUACUCAGGAGGCCAGACAGUGUCUGUGCAGAGAGAAAUAAUACCACCUUUCACCCUAUCGCAGACCCUUUUUGUUCCUACCCCCACUCCUCUUACCCUGCCUCUGUACUUGCUCUUACCCCACUCCUCUUACCCUGCCUCUGUACUUGCUCUUACCCCACUCCUCUUACCCUGCCUCUGUACUUGUUCUUACCCCACUCCGCUUACCCUGCCUCUGUACUUGCUCUUACCCCACUCUUCUUACCCUGCCUCUGUACUUGCUCUUACCCCACUCCUCUUACCCUGCCUCUGUACUUGCUCUUACUCCACUCCUCUUACCCUGUCUCUGUACUUGCUCUUACCCCACUCCUCUUACCCUGCCUCUGUACUUGCUCUUACUCCACUCCUCUUACCCUGCCUCUGUACUUGCUCUUACCCCACUCCUCUUACCCUGCCUCUGUACUUGCUCUUACUCCACUGCUCUUACCCUGCCUCUG